CCAAUUGAUGACACCUUUAACUUUAAUUAAAUUUAAUAAGAAAACAAUAAGUUCAAAUACAGGUUUCUGUGAUUUUAACACUUCUAGAAUAUCUUUACGAGAAACGGUGUCUAAAACCGUUUGGCAACACUGCACUGUCAUUUCAGAUUCCGUUAAAGUAUUUGGCGCUAAUCCGUUUUCCGUAAAUUUUUACAAGCCAUUAGUGAUUUUGCUUAGAAGAUGGCCACCAAAAAAAUUUUGCGGUAUCCAGAAAGCUCUAUGACAAAUGCUCUUAGUGCAGUAAGAAAUGGUAUGCCCGUUAAGACAGCAUCAAAGACAUUCAACGUUCCCAAAACGACAUUGCUUUAUAAAUUUAAGGGCAUUAAUCCGGAGUCUAGAAAAAUGGGGCCUGCUACAAUGUUUUCAAAAGCUGAAGAGGAUCUUCUUGUUACGUGGAUAAUAUCUAUGGCAAGAAAUGGGUUCCCGAUUACCAAAGAAAUGUUUUUAUCCAGUGCCUCGAAACUAGCAAAAGAGCUUAAAAAGAACUUUAAAAAUAAUAAUAUGCCGGGGCGAAAGUGGUACAAAAGCUUUUUAGGUCGACAUCCCGAAAUAAGCCUCAGGACGCCUCAAAAUUUAACCAUGAGUAGAGCUUCUGUAAAAAAAAUACAAAUAAGAAGAUGGUUUUUUGAAGUCUACGAGUUUUUAGAAGCUGAUAAUUUAACAACUGUCUUAUCAGAUCCUACUCGUAUCUUUAAUGCCGAUGAGUCGGCUUUUUUUUUAAAUCCAAAAGGAAAUAAAGUUUUAACAUCAAAGGGUGAUAAGACAGUUUACGCAACUGUAAAUAGCAAUGAAAAGGAGUGCCUUACAGUACUUUUAAAUGGAAAUGCCGCGGGAACUUUGGCUCCACCAAUGAUAAUUUUUCGGUAUAAAAGAAUUCCUUCCGACCUCUCUGCAAGCGUACCAAGACAUUGGGGAAUAGGAGUUUCAGAGAAUGGGUGGAUGACCUCAGAUACUUUUUAUAGUUAUAUGACAAACGUCUUUUAUCCUUGGGCCAAAGAAAAUGUUACAUUUCCCAUAAUAUUUUUCGUAGACGGACAUUCCUCACACUUGUCGUACCAUCUUAGCAGAUUCUGUUCAGAAAACCAAAUAAUUUUGGUGGCGUUAUAUCCAAAUGCUACGCAUUUGUUACAACCAAUGGACGUUGCAGUGUUUCGCACUUUAAAGUCUGGUUGGAAAGAGCAAGUCAGCGCAUGGAGACAUCAAAAUCAACAUGAAAUAUUAAGACGACGAGAUUUUGCUCCCCUAUUAGAAGCUGCUAUUAAAGAUCGGGUAACUCCAGAGAUCCUUCAAAACGGAUUUAAAAAAUGUGGACUCUUUCCAUGGGAUCCCGAAGUAGUAAGCAAUUUUUUCCCAGAAAAUGAUGAUCAACCUAAUUCACCUCGUAAUUCACCUAAACAAUCUGAAGACGACGUACAGGCGACAAAUAUAGACAGCCUUGCAUUUAUGGAAUCCUUUAUAGACCAAAAAGUACUUGAAAGUUUUGAAGAGCACUCAUUUGAAGAACAGUGGAGUGGUCGAAUAGAAGAUAAAUCAUUGUUUGAAAUUUGGAAGAAAAUGAAACAAAGUUGCGGAUUUACUACAAGGACUAUUGAAAACACUAUAAAAGAAGCAGAAAUUUUAUUUGAAGACGACAUUAGUUAUGAACUAAUAAAUGAAAAUAACAAUAGGGAUCCUGUUUGCAAUAACGAAACAAUUGGUAACGUGAUCUUAACUGCUGAAAACAGUGAAAGCCCAACGAUCACUAAUGACAUACCACACACACCCUUGUCACUUUCAGGUUGUCCUGAUCUGGAUGACAACAUUGAACUGCCUGAUUUUAGCUCCCAAGAACCCAACUGUAAUUCUGAGAUUGUAAAGCAAUCACCACCAAAUUCCAAAACUAAAAUUAAGAUUUUAGAUAUGAAAAUUAUAACGCCUAUAAAAUCCAACCUGUCAUUUUUACAAAAUCCUAAGUCUCCAAUGAAGUGUUCCGUGGAAUUAGUCAAUACCGCAACCGGACCAAACGUCCCCAGUCCUUUUAAACGAGCGCUUUUCUGGCCAGAACCAAAACCGGUGACAAAUAAGAAAUCUAAAGAAAAGAUACCUAGUGUUGUAACAAGCCAAAUGUGGCAAGAAUAUAGCAAGAAAAAAAGUGAGGAAAAAGCCAAACUGGAAGCUAGUAAACUGGAAAGAAAAAGAAAACUAGAAGCUAAGAAAAAAGAGUCGAAUAACAAAAUAAAGAAAAAAGUUGUAGUAAAUACAAAAAAGCGUUCCGUCCAAAUUGACGAAUCCGGAGCAAGCGAUGAGGAUAAUGUGCCUUUAAGCAAAAUAAGAGAAAAUUUAACUAUGGAAAAACCAAAGCCGUUGGAUUACGUGGUUGUCAAGUACUACGGAAAAUACUUUCCGGGUAAAGUUACUGAAACUCGAAAUAAAGAGUAUCUUGUUUCCGCAAUGGUCCAAUGUGGAAGAACAUCAGGAUGGCGCUGGCCUGAUAUUGAAGACCAAAUCUGGUACGAUGAACAGGAUGUUGUAAUGAUGAUACAACAACCUAAGCCGAAAAAUUCGAGAGGUAUCUUCUUCGUAGAAGAAAUGAAAGAGUUUACCGAAUUCACCGAAAAUUAGUUUAAUGUAAAUGUUUAAUGUCGUUAAAGUUACCUAAUUAAAGUAUAUUUCACAAGACUAAUAUUUUGUUAUUUAAAAAAAGAAUACAACUAAGUAAGUACAACAAAGAAUAAAAGGGGGUCAGGUACUGGUUUCAAGAAAGGUCAUCAUUAGGGACUUCAAUAAUUUUUGGGGUCAUGUAUUGGGCCAAUAUCAUAACUACAAAAUAUAUGUAUUAUUUUAGUAUACAUAUAUAAUAUUUUGAAUAUUAUAUAUUUUUUAAGGCAAACUAUAAGAUCUUAAAACCCAAUUGUAGUCAGUUUGUGUCAUAAAUGAUUUUUAACAAUACUAUAUUGAUUAAUCAAGUGAAAAUAUCUUAAAGUGUCAGCUACUGGUGCAU